UACCAAAAACGUCGCCUUACUACUCCGUCUAUUUCACACACAAUGUCACAACCACCCUUUACAGGCAGCGGCCGCACCGCCGCCGCCGCCGCCGCCGUCCCAACGUACUUCUGUCAUCAAUGCGAACGUACUGUCAACCUCACGCCGGCAGCCGAACUUACUUGUUCUCGUUGUAACGGCAAUUUCAUAGAAGAACUCGAAAACCCUAGCCCUAACCCUAACCCUAACCCGUUUUCUUUCUCGCCGUUUGACGAUGCGUCGCCGUUUUCACCUUUUGGUUCUUCCAGCGGGUUCCCUCUCAUCUUCUCCCGUUCCACCGGCGGUGGCGGAGGAGGAAUGGAGUUACAAAACCUCGGCGAUCUCUUGUCGCUUUUCGGUUCUGGACCGAUGUCGAGACCGGGCGGUGUGAGUGGUCAGAAUUCGCAGAAUGCUCGGAAUCCUGGUGAGUUUGAUCCACUUAUGUUUUUACAGAAUUAUGUGAAUCGAUUAUCAGAAGAUGGUGCUAAUAUACAGUUUGUGAUUGAGAAUGCUAACGAUGGGGGAGGGGGGUUAAGUUUCGAUCCGUUUAGGUCGAGUCUUGGUGAUUAUUAUUUUGGACCAGGAUUAGAACAAUUGAUACAACAGUUAGCUGAAAACGAUCCGAAUAGGUAUGGAACACCACCUGCUGCGAAAUCCGCUGUUGAAAAGUUACCCAAUGUUAAGAUAACUAAGGAGUUGUUGGAAUCUGAUUAUUCUGAUUGUGCUGUUUGUAAAGAUAGUUUUGAACUCGAUGAGGAAGUUAAACAAUUGCCUUGUAAGCAUAUGUAUCAUCCUGAUUGUAUUUUGCCUUGGUUGGAGUUACAUAAUUCUUGUCCCGUUUGUCGGUUUGAGUUGCCAACUGAUGACCCGGAUUAUGAGAAUAGGUCUAGGCAGCCUUCUGGUGGCGUCGGUGGUGGGUCAGGUGGGUUUCAGGGUGAUCCGCAAACACCUAGGACCCCGGGGAGGAGGUUUAGUAUAAACUUGCAAUGGCCGUUUCCAGGGUUUGGUGGACGUGCUGAGACAAGUAAUAGUGGAAGUGGGAACAACAAUUCAGGAGAAGCAAACCAAAGGACUGGCGGUGGUGGUGGUGGCAGCGGUGAUGGUCAGGCUCGACAAGAAGAUUUGGAUUAAAGACAGGGGGGAAGAGUCGAAGGUGGUGGUGCGAGUGUUGUACUAUGUUGAACAUACAGUGAAUCUUCUUGAUACAUACAUGGAAGAUUAGAGAGAUAGAUUGAUGUAUCUUUUGCAAUAUCUUAACUUAAUAAUCACAUCCAAUAUAAACUUGUGGUCUUUUGCAGAUAUAUGCACUUUCUUUUUGUCA